AUGGAGCCUCAGGUCUUCUACUCAGUCUGCUACAACAACAGAAGCCCUUCCGAUGACAUCAAGGCUCGACACCACUUCCGUCCUGCUGUGCUGCACGGCUACUGCCGUCGCCGGGUCCGCAGCGCCGACUACCCAGGCAUGAUCGAGGACGUCGACCACAAUGUCUUUGGCAUGGUGGUCAGCGGCAUCACAAAGGCCAAUCUCGAGAAGCUUGACUACUUUGAGGGGUCGCAAUACGACCGCCGCAUCGUCCGCCCAAAGCUCCUGGACAAAGUCGGCGACGAGACGGGCGAGGGCAACGUUGAGGGCGAGCAGGUGAUCACCGAAUCGUACGUCUUCCUGGACGAGCGCGACCUGGAGGGCCGCGAGUGGGACUUUGCCGAGUUCAAGCGCGAUAAGCUCAAGCUGUGGACGCGAGCGGGCUAUGUCUUUGAGGAUUGUGAGCCUGGUGACGUUGCGAGUGUCUCGGCUGCCGUUUAA